AUGGUCGAUGCCCAGCUGCACUCGACCAUUGUUCCUAAUCCCAUUGUCUCACAGACAAUGGAAAUAACUCAGGCGAGUGCACCUGCGUCAAACGUCGACGCCGAAUGCAUGGACACCUCGUCCUCCCGCUCUGCCUCACCCGUCCCAGAGGAUGCUCAACCCUCCGAGCCCUCUGACUCCUCUUCCUCCGACGAAGACUUCACCGCCGUACUGGGAGGUAAGAGGAAAAAGAACAAAAACAACGACAAGGCGCGCAAGACCAUCGCCCUUGCCGCAUCUCCUCUCCCUAGCCCGCCCGCUGUGUCUACAGCAUCCCCCGCCCCGUCACCCUCGACCUCGCAGGUCGCUUCCUCCCAAGGUGCCGCUAAGCCCAAAAGCGCACCUAAAAGCAAACCUCCGCCGCCUGUAUACUUACAGGACAAGGCGAAAUGGACCGAAGUGUCCAAGCUGUGUGUUGAUCGUAAGAUCAACUACAGAUCGGCCUCCAAUACCGGCAACGGAAAAACCUCUCCGGGUCGUCAUUACCCGUAUUCCGAAGGAAAUCCCUUCGGAUGA